UAAGGAGAGGGGAGGAUAGCGGCCACUGCCCUCUGAUUGGCUGAGGGGAGGGGUGGAUGAUCAAAGAUGGCGGCGGUGACCAGAGGCUCCUUCGGUUUGUUCCGGCUCCUGCUGAGUCAUCAGUACCGGCGCCGGUGUUUCCGGCCUCAGGCUCUGGUCAGAUCGAUGCAGCCUCUCGUCUCCAGAUGUGACCGGAGCCUCCAGAUGUUGGGCAGCAGAGCGCUGCACGUCUCUGUGGCGAGGCCAGGACCCAUCGUCCAGUUCAAGCUGUCAGACAUUGGGGAGGGCAUCAUGGAGGUGACGGUCAAAGAGUGGUACGUGAAGGAGGGGGACCGGGUGUCCCAGUUUGACAGCAUCUGUGAGGUCCAGAGCGACAAGGCGUCUGUCACCAUCACCAGUCGCUACGACGGCGUCAUCCGGAGACUCUACUACGAUGUGGACGCCACCGCCCUGGUUGGAAAACCACUGGUGGACAUCGAGACAGAGUCCAGCUCAGAUGUAAUCCAGGAGGAGGAUGUGGUGGAGACCCCCGCCAUGGCCCGGGAGGAGCACACCCACCAGGAGAUCAAAGGUCACAAGACUCAGGCCACGCCCUCCGUCAGACGCCUCGCCAUCGAGAACAACAUUAAGCUCAGUGAGGUGGUGGGGACAGGUAAAGAUGGACGCAUCCUGAAGGAGGACAUCUUGAACUUCCUGGCUAAGCAGACGGGGGCCAUCUUGCCCCCGGCCCCCCCUCCCCCUCCUCCUGCUGCUGCUGCCAGGCCCGUGGGCACCCCGGCACCCCUAAAACCGGCACCCGCUCCACCCAAACCUGUCUUCACUGGCAAGGACGUGACGGAGCCCCUCAAAGGUUUCCAUAAGGCGAUGGUGAGGACGAUGACGGCCGCCUUGAAGAUCCCUCACUUCGGUUACUGUGACGAGGUGGACCUGAGUCGUCUGGUGUCCCUGAGGACGGAGCUGAGGUCAAAGGUCGAGGGUCGUGGGGUCAAACUCAGCUUCCUGCCCUUCUUCAUCAAGGCCGCCUCCCUGGGUCUGCUCCACUUCCCCAUCCUGAACGCCUCAUUGGACGAAGGAUGUCAGAACAUCACGUACAAGGCGUCUCACAACAUCGGCGUUGCCAUGGAUACGUCUCAGGGUCUCCUGGUCCCCGUCGUGAAGAACGUCCAGAUGCUCAGUGUCCUGGACGUUGCCGUGGAGCUGAACCGUCUCCAGGCACUGGGAGCUUCAGGUCAACUGGGAACCAACGAGCUCAGCGGGGGGACGUUCACCCUGUCCAACAUCGGCUCGAUCGGAGGGACGUACGCAAAACCCGUCAUCCUUCCUCCUGAAGUCGCCAUCGGAGCUCUGGGCAAAAUCCAGGUGUUGCCGCGGUUCGAUGAGGAGGGUCAGGUGGUCCGGGCCCACAUUAUGAACGUGAGCUGGUCGGCGGAUCACCGCAUCAUCGACGGCGCCACCAUGUGUCGCUUCUCCAACCUGUGGAGGGAGUACCUGGAGAACCCGGCCUCCAUGCUGCUGGACCUCAAGUAAGGAGCCUUCCCAUCAGCCCCGGGAGGACGCCGCGCCGCCCGAGCUCCGCCCCCUUCCUGACGGAGGCCUUCUUAUCCACUUCCUGUUACUUCCUCGUUGCCUUUGAGCCAAGUUUAUCUCGUUACUAUGACGACCACUCACUCAACUUGGUUUAGUUUCACUUUUUUUUUUUGGUGGACGAUGGAGGUCCAGAACCGAUCCACCACAGAACCAGCUCCACUAGACAACUACAGUCACUAAUGUUCAUCAGUUCAUUAGUACCACUUAGUACUAAUUAGUACCACUUAGUAGUAAUUACUAUGGAGUAGUGGUAAUUGGUACUGGUCAGUAUUGGUCAGGUGUUAAUCGGUAUUAAUUGAUAUUUAUUUUAUGAAUUAAUACUAAUUGCCGCCAGUUAGAGGUCAUUUGUAUUAGUUAGUGCUAACUGGUAUUAAUUGGUGAUGAUUGGCUUUAAUUGACCUUAAUGGUAGUUGAUACUAUUUGGUGUUAAUUGGUGCUAAUUGGUUUUGGUAGUUUAGACUCUGAUGGACCAGCCUCACCCUGUUGAACACUAAUCAGUCACUUUAAUAUUGAUCAGGUCUCGAGGACGUUAAUGAGUUCAUCAUCCCUCACAUUGGUCACAUUUAUGUUCAGAGGUCCCACUCCACCCGACCGGAACCAGACCCAGAUCCCCUUCAUCUGUUCUCUGGUCUGGGUCGCUCUACCUGGGUCGCUCUGUCGUCACAUCAGAACCGUGCCCUUGGUCCUGUCUGGUCCGUUGACUCAUGACCGGAUCAGACCCUGAAGCUGCUCCACAACCUGGAAGGGAUCCACUGGUUCUGGUCCAGAGUCAUAUGCAUGGACCGAUCCAGUCCAUGGUUCCGAUCAGACUGACCAGGUUUUACUUUGUUCUUCUGGGACCAAACAUGAUCUACAGACUCGGAUCAGAACACGUUCAGGACCUGGAGCUGGUUCUGCUCAUUAAAAUCUCAUCUCUACAUCUCCAGGUGUCCUCGGUGUGGCCUCGGUCCAGGUCUCUGGACUUCCUGGUUGUCCCGGUGGCUGCUGGGUAAAGGUCACAUGGUGUCAUGGAUAUUCCUGUUUGGGUCACGUGUGUUUGUUGUUUUUCCUGCUUUGUGUUUUAGUGACAGAAUAAAUGUAAAAACUGUAAAAAACUGUGGGGUUUGUAUUUUGGGAACGUGUGAAACAUGAACUGAAUAAAGCUGAAGAGAAGA